AUGCGUGGUACAAGCUCAUUGCUACGGGUUCCCAAAGCAUGUGGCCCGCCAGAAUAUGAAUAUAAACCCUACACAGCGGAAGCGGAAUCGUCGACGUCGACGGAAGCGACGACGACGACGACGACGGCAGCGGCAGCGGCGGCGCCCAUGGCCCCGCCGCCCGACGCCGCGUGGGGGGCGUGGUCCGCGUGGGGGCCCUGCGGCGCCGGCGGCACCCAGCGCCGCUCGCGCCCGUGCCUGGCGGGCGCCCGCGGCGAGCCGCUGGCCGACAGCGAGCCUUGCCUGCUGCUGCCC